UGCGCCUCCCAGGAUCCUUCCAUACCAAUUAGCAAAUCGAGCAGGGUCUAAUCUUCUACAUCCAUCAUGCCUACGACAAGGAGACAAGCAAAAGCAGCGCAGAGCGGUCAGGACAAGGAGGCCCAAACUCCCGUCAAGCCGGUGUCCAGACGGAGAAAGUCACACCCGAUGAAGCGCGCACGAAGGAAGAACACAGCGACAUCCGCCGACGAGGAACACGCUAAUGGUGAUGCGCCAGAAAGCAAGGAGCAGCCAGCUACGAAGAAGCCUAAGGUGGAGGAGAAUGAUGGAGAUACUAUUGGAGAAGCAAGCCAGGGACGAGCGGAAAAGGCCGAUGCGGAACCAGCAGAGAAAGCGGAAAUGAAAUCCGAGAAGAUGGAAGUAGAAGAGCAGGUUGCUUCAGAGAGUACAGGAACUACGAAGGUGGAGGAUGCAACUCGAAAGGACCACCCGGUGGAGCAUGCAUACCAAACAGGUACCAUCGAAAGAGGCCAUAUCUACUUUUUCUACCGUCCAAAGGUCGAGAUGGAGGAAGUUCAUUCCAUAGAUGAUGUGCAGCGCUUCCAUCUGCUGCUCAUCCCGCGCCCGCCCGAGUUCAGUGUGUCGUCCCCGCCCCAAUCUGCCGAGACGUUGGAUGAGACAGGCGAAAACCAGGAGAUGACAGUGAUCCAACCAGGAGCAGACGCCGUUCCUGCGCCAGAGCCUUUAGACCAGAAGAAGAAAUUCUUCCGAUUGAUCGUGGUGGGCAAGAAGAGCUUGCCCGAUCCCGAAGAGGACCAUGGUCGGGGCCGUGUCUUUUGGGGCACGAUAGUCACUGUCAGCGAUGAUUUGCAAAAACUUGAGGAGGGACUUGGUCCAAGAGAGUAUGAAACCAAGACAAGAGGAAUCCGCCAUCAAGGAUCCGCACGCCUUGUGGCUCGAGGAGCAUAUGCCAUCGUGAACGCUGAAGCACGAGUCCCGUCGGAUCGCGAGACGCACUUGGGCUAUCACUUGUCGCAUCCUACGCACGAGCAGUUCAAUGAGGUGCAAGAGGAACUGGGCGUUCACACUGCAUCAUCGUUCGUCUUACAAGUGAAGAACCCGCUCGCGCCUCCAACAGGGAUCGGUCGCAUAGGACUGCCAAAGAACCGCGCGGUCGAUUUCCCCGAGCGUAUCAUGAAGGAAGUGUUCGGUGUUGGCGGUGAGCGGGGAAGGGAAGACUUCGGAUUACGCUUCGCGAGCGUCGAGAGAGUUGAAAUGCUUGACCAUGAGGGCGUUGAGCUCCUUUUCAUUGCCGCCAGGAGCGGCGAUGAGGGGUUGGAGAAGAGUCUGGGAGAGGGGCGCGGUGAAGCGCUGCACGAGCUGGAGGAGAGAGAAAGCAAGGAGACCAUCCAGCAGAUCAUGAAGGAACUCGCACUGGAUUCGGAGAAAAUUCCAGUGAACCCGUUGGAAGGUGACUGGGCGUGAAACACGUCUGGCUUUGAGCUUGAACGUGCUGUGUCUUGCUUAUACCUACGCGAAAUGUCGAAAGUCGGACUCCGCACUGUAUAUCUAGGACAACAUCGAUGUGAUACGAAUCCAUCGGAUGCAAUACAUAAUAAAUGAAGGGGUCGUGUCAAAGAUACACCGCGUCUUUCGUCCGUCCGUAAUCAGAGAUGCAAUCAAGCGGAAACAAGCAGAAAGGGUAUGAUACCGCGGAAGGCCCUCGGUAUGAUGAUCAUACAUCGUUGCUGGAAGUCGGUAAGUCAUUGCGGGGAAUCGGCCUCAUCGGAGUCGGCAUUGAUUCUGAGCACCUUCACCCAUUCACGAUAGUUGAAGUUGCCUUGCCGAUCUGUGAAUGGGCCUUUGAGAAGCUUGUCGAUCU